CUCCAUGCUCUGAAGGUGGGCUGGAAGGUGUGCUGGGCGAAGGCAGAGGAGGAGGAGGAGCAGAGCCACAUGGCCUUCCUCUCCCACGACAUCAGCAUGCUCCGCCUGUUUGAGACCUUCCUGGAGAACACUCCGCAGCUCACCUUGCUCCUCUACGUUAUCCUGCGGACAAACAAGGCAGAACCCUCCCAGGGACUGGGGAUCUGCACUGCGUUCCUGUGUGUGACCUGGUCUCUGCUGGACUACCACCAGUCGCUGCGCUCCUUCUUGCAGGACAAGUACGAGCUGAGCCUGGGCUCCUCCGUCGUCUACUUCCUGUGGAACCUCUUCCUCAUCUGCCCCCGCAUCCUCACGGUUGCCCUCUUUGCCCUGCUCUGGCCCUACGGCGUGGCCAUCCACUUCCCGCUCGUGUGGCUGGCGAUGUUCCUCUGGGUCAGCCUGCAGGGCACAGACUUCAUGGAGUCACCCGGCCCCGAGCAGCUCUACCGGGCCGUGGUGGCCGUGAUCCUCUACUUCAGCUGGUUCAACGUGGCACAGGGGAGGACGCUGUACCGCAGCAUCAUCUAUCACGGCUUCAUCCUGGUGGACAGCACGCUGCUGGCCCUGUCCUGGGUCUGGUGCCGGUCCCCCUCGGACGAACACUCGUACCUCGUCCCAGUGGUCUCCGCUGCCCUGCCCUGCUACCUGCUGGGGCUGGCGCUGAGAGUCACCUACUACAAGUGGCUGAACCCCAACGUGCGGGCACAGCGAGACGGCGGCUACGACGAGGUGGAUGCCAACGAGGGGAGCGACAGGCUGGAGUUUCGCUCAUUCCCAGUGCCAGCCCUUGUGAACAGGCGGAUGCAGUGGCUGGCCCAGACCCAGUUCCCCAUCUCCUGGCCAGCGGGGCAGCAUGUCCUGAAUGGGGCUGCCACUGUUGAGUCUGCUGUCUGA